AACAGUUUUAUAUCAGAAAUUUGCAAGCUGCAUUGCAUUGUAUGACAGCUUAGUGGCACGCAAGUGAGAUCAAUCCUGGAUAACCUUAUCCUUAAUCCCAGAUAGAGUUACUGCCACGUCAUCACAAAAUCUCCAUUUCCAACCUCACAUCUUAUUCUACACAUUUCUUCAACCAAUAUCUAAACUUGAGUUUGACAAGUUUCUGCAGAAACAAAACGACAACCAAAAAUGGCUUCUGCUUGUGUUUCAAUGGUUUCGCCACUCAGCUCUCCCACCCAAAACAGGUUAAACCUUCAACCCUUCAAAGCCUUCUUGAGGCCAUUACCCUUUCCACAACCAAAGAGAACCGCUGUUAAAAGGUCACUGCCAAAACCCAAGCUUGGAAUUGAAGCGUCUAUGAAGGAAAAAGCAGUGAAAGGCCUGACAACCGCUGUAAUAGCAUCCUACAUGUUGAUGCCAGAAGUGGUUCAUGCAGCUGGAAAUGAUUUUUCUCCAUCUCUCAAAAACUUUUUGCUUAGCAUUGUGGCUGGUGGAGUUGUGCUUGCAGCAAUAUUUGCUGCUGUUAUAGGAGUUGCCAACUUUGAUCCAGUUAAGAGAGCUUGAAGUUUUUGUUGUAUCAAAGCUUCAAAUUUAGCUCAUUUCCUUAUUCCAAGUGUUUUCACUUUGUGUUUUAUGUAAUUUAUGCAACUGUUGUGCUACAUUUCUAUAUCCAAAUCAACAUGUUUUUUUUUUUUAAGAGUUAAGAAGAACUAUUACAGAAAUUUUUACUACUCAUAAACGUCACUCAUAAUCUUCUGAUAAGAUUAGUUUAUUUAAAUAAAUUCUAUUUAAAAUUAUUAAAAUAAUUUUAAACUUAUUUUAACAAAUUCUUAUAAAGAUAAAUAAAUAAGUACAAUUUUUUUCCUUUUACUUUAAAUGAAUAAAUAAAAACAAUAAUAACAUAAACUCCUCUUAAUUUAUAUAUAACAACAUAAUACCUUUUUUUUUUUCAAUUAUUCAAAUCACCCCUAAUUUCUUAUACAAUUAUAUGAGUUGGGGGAGGUUAAAGGAAUGUAAAAAAAAAAACAAAAAAAAUUUAUUAAAAUCUGAGAGGUAGUAUUUUGUUUACCACAUACUUCUUUGUUAAAUCAAAACAAGAGCUAAGCUUUUUCACCAGGGAGCAUUAUUUGAAUGAAGCUUAGAGCCAAUU